CAACAGGCCGCGUUCGUGCCGGCGCGGCUGCUGAGGCUGCUAACGCCAUCUUGAGAGUAAAGAGCCGUAGGAACUCCCCUCCCCCAACCGCCCGGGACUGCGCUGCUGCGAGCCGGAGGCCAGGCUAGGCCGCGGAAGGCUGUUGCUGUCUCUGCCUGGAGUGGCCUUUUACAGUGAGGUCCUGAUCCUUGGCUGGGGGCUCAGAGGUGCUAUGAUGCUUCAUGCUGAAUGUAAAGUAAGGCCUUUGGAAUGUCAAGAUGAAAUGACAAUUGAACCGUGUUCUAAAAAAAUUAAAUCAACAGAAGAAGCUCAUGAUAAAUCCUGUGAUGAUGGUUUCCAGGGAUCUCUUAUGAAAACAGACAAUGAGAGAAUAAACAAAGAAUGGAUACCUUUAUACAUCUCCAAUGACCAAGGAAAACAGGAAGUGCAGCAGAAAGAGAAUGAAAAUACAGAUGUCUUGGAAACAUUCAAUGAAGAAUUCCCUGGUAAUAGGCCAGGGAUUAUUGAGUCUGCUCAUUCAACGAUCAUGCAGAGUGUAAAUCUUCCAAUAAAAGACACUGAGGUUACAGAAAAUAAAUGCCCAUUCAUUACUGAAAAAGUUGAUGAAGCUAAUAUUAAAGAAACUAGCAAUAAAUCAUUCACAGUAAAUGGAGAUGAAGUAGAGGCUGAAGAACAUGGUACAAGCAAAGUAUUUAUUGGGCCCGUUUACAGACCUGUGGAGGAGAACAAACAGGAUGAAACCAGGAAUUUUACUAAAUUUAGCACAGGCAAAGAGAAACAAAAUGUUGUACUUUACCACAAAAAUGACAAAGAAGCAGCAAAUAAAAUACAGACUCUCUCUUGUGAUGUAUCAGAAAUAGAUGAUGAAUUGUGCCAAUUUUAUAAAGAAAUUCAGCAGCUUGAAAGCGAUAAAGAUGAGUUAGAAGGUCACUUACAGGAAAAAGAAACCGAAUCAUCUCAGGAACGAUUUAUAUCAUGUAAUAAAUAUAGUCAGUCAUCUCACGAGGGUGAACAAGAUACCUGUUACAGUAGAACACAAUCAUAUUAUGACCAUGAACAAUGUUUCUAUAAUGAACCAAGUGGCCAGAAGACAGGCAGUGAACCAAAAUGUUUUGACAACGAAGGAAAUGGCUGGAGAAGUGAGAAUCAUUUUAAUUGGCAAGCGGAUUCUAAAUUCUGGAACCAUUCAGUCCCUCAGUUUAGGCCGGCAUGGCAGCCAACACAAUCUUUCAUAAUACCUCAGGGACCACUUCCUCCUAGGUUCAACCAUUUAGAUGUUCAAACUCUUAAUUCCACACCACAUCAACCAAAUACUCUUCAUCCUCAGAAUGAUGGACUUCCUCACAAGAAUUAUGCAGGUUACCAUGGAAAUAGUGGCAGUACUAACAGGAGCUGUCCAUUGUUUGAUCAGAAUAAUAGUUAUGCUGGUCAUAUUGGUAUCCAUAGUAUGCAAGUCUCCAGAAAUGGAUAUAGCGACCAGGAUGGAUGCAAGAAUAAUGGUUUCUGUGAAACCAGAGAAGAGUGUUGGAAAGAUCCUAGAACUUACCAGAAAGAGGGAAUACACAAUUUUAAUUUUCAGCAGUUUUCAGAAGACAAGUUAUGUAGGUCGCAGAAAUUACUUCUAAUUUUAAGAGGUCUGCCUGGCUCAGGAAAAACAACACUGUCUCAUAUUCUACUUGGUCAAAAUCGUGAUGGCGUGGUGUUCAGCACCGAUGAUUAUUUUCGUCAGCAAGAUGGAUAUACAUAUAACGUUGCUCAGCUUGGUGAUGCUCAUGACUGGAACCAGAAGAGAGCAAAACAAGCAAUGGACCAGGGAAGAUCUCCCAUUAUAAUAGACAACACUAAUACUCAAGCCUGGGAAAUGAAGCCGUACGUGGAAACGGCUCUAGGGAAAGGCUACAGAGUGGAAUUCCAUGAGCCAGACACAUGGUGGAAGUUUGAUCCAGAGGAGUUAGAAAAGAGGAAUAAACAUGGGGUCCCUCGUGAGAAGAUUGCUCAGAUGUUGGAACGAUAUGAAUAUCAAAUGUCCAUCUCUGUUGUAAUGAAUUCAGUGGAACCUCCUCACAAAAACACACAAAGGCCACCUCCACAGCGAAGACAGAGUAGUCCAAUGGAAACAGACAUUAAGAAGAAACCUGGGCACAGACUGAGCAAAGCUAAACAGAGGAAAAAGCGAAAAAGAAACAGAAAAAUGAAGCAUGAUAAUAUUAAAAUCACAGAGAAAAAAUCAGAUGGAGUCCCUUGUCAUCUAAUUCCUGAUGACCAGGAAACAUCAGACAGUGAAGAGGAAGAUUCAGAAGAAGAAAACAGAAAAUCAGUAUUUACAUUUAAUGGAGAUCCAGGAGAUGAAGGUUGUGAAGAUCGUUCCAAUGGUGAUUGUAAUGAAAGCCCAAAAUCUACAAAGCAUCAAACAGGAAGUUUACCUAUUGCUGUGUCUGAGACUUCAGCAACACUAGCUAGUCCAAUGAAAAGUGACUUGUUUACAGAAGAUGACGGUACAUUUCUAAUAAAUUUGACAUCUGCUCCUAAUAAAAACUUAAUUGAAUUUGAACACACAUUUGAUGAUCAGGUGGUUGAUCAUAACCAAAAUAAAAACCUUAUGGUAAAUGAGAGCAAUUCCUCAGAUACAGAUGAUCACAGUUCUGUUCUAGACACAGAAUAUAACAGUAAAGAAAAUAGUUCUAUGAUGUUAAAUAAUCAAGAUGAACUUACAUCAGAUCAAAUUGCAUGUGAACCUGAUCUAGAAAGUAAAUUGUUAAAUGUGAGUAAUGGAAAAAAAGAAACCCUGUCUCUCCAGCAUGAUUUGAAAACAUCUGAAAUUUGUGUUGUCUUGCCUGAUAAAGCCAUGAAAGACAGACAGACAUCAAAAAGGUAUGAGAAAAAUCCUUGGGCUUUUUUUUCAAUUGAUUUAACUGAUAUACAAUUCCAGCUUGGCUCUGAUAGGUCGGGUUCUUGUUCUUGGCCUGAGAGGACCCAUAAAUUCAUAUGCGAGCAAAGACCAAAAAGAGUGAGGCGGCCUAAAGAGACCUAUCCUGACAGCACAGUAGAACAAACUCGUGAAUCUAAUGAAGAAUUAGAAAAAGAAACCAGUCUGCAAACAUUAAUUGAAGAGUGUGGCAGUGUAACACAUGGUGGUCUACAGUCAUCACUGAUUGACAAAGUACAUCAUAAUUCAUUUAUAGAGUCGGGAGUCACUGUCACAAACUGCUUAACUGAAGUCAAUGUUCCAAGCAAUGUAGGUACACCAGUUCCAUCAAAGAAGAAAGGAAGAUGCAAAAGGAUUUUCAACUUGGCACCAAACUUUCAUCUACCAAGGCAGAUUGCUGUUAGUACAAAGGAGGGACUGAAGGAUGUUCUAUUAAUGGAUGAUAACCUAUCAGAAAAUGUUUUGAAAACAGAACAAGAGAGAAUUUCAAAUAAGGACAAUGGAAAGAAGAGUGAACAAAACCUUGAAUUUCAAGAACAUCUAGCACCUUCUAAUAAUGAUGUGACAGAUUCUUCACUUAACCAUGGUGUGGGAUCUCUCUUACAUAGUAGUCAGUUGGGACAAUCUCUGUGUCUUUCAAAGAAAGCUGUUUCUUCUCCAGCUCAGAAAUUUCCCUCUAGUUAUUGUAUAGUUUCUUCAACAAGUAAGGAACAAAUUACAACUUUUAAACAAGAAAAAAUACUUGAUAAAAAGAGGGUGAGAGAGAACAGUUCUCUGUAG